AGUUCCCCUCCGCUUUAUUUUUUGCUAACCCAUUCGUCUCCCUCUUUAUCAUUAUUAAAAUUAAAAAUUAUUAUUAUUAUUAUUAUUAUUAAACCCUCUUCAAAUCCCCUCAUCGCACCCCCUCCUCCUCAUCCGCCGCCGACGCCGUCGCCGUCGCCGUCGCCGCCGCUCCGAUCGGCUCCGAUCUCGCCACUUUAGGGCGCCAGCAUUGGUCGCCACCAUGGAGCCGCCGCCGCAGAUCUCGAACUACGGUGGCAACGCCUCCAAAUUAGGGUUUAAACAGUUCACGGCGAACUCUUCUUUCCCGGAUUCGAGCCUGCAGAAGCGGAAGUGGAGCCAGGUUGUUACUCAUGAAGUUAUUGCGGUUGAUGAGGGUGAGGAGUCUGAUGAAGUUGUUGUCAGUGGUGAAAGCGUAUCCGAUCACAAAGAUAAGCUACCAGUCAAAUAUUCUAAAGAUUUGCAUAAACUGGAUAUUUUGGUUGAUGAAACCGCCGGCCCGAGUACAAAUAUUCCCUAUGAGACUCAGCCUAGCUUAAUGGACCUUAACUCUUCUGACGACUAUGAGUUUGAAGAAUAUGAUUAUGAUGAAGCUGACUAUGACGACGACGAGUAUGAUGAUGCGCCAGUUGAUCAUGAUUUCAACUCCGCUUUGGCUGCUAAGUUUGAUGACUUGGAUCUUCCUCCUGGUGUUGAGGCAACUGUACCAUGGUUGCAGAAGCAACCUGUGGGUGACCUGCUUGGUAAGAACAAGGUGGUUGAAGUGACAGGACAAAUCGACGUGAAAUAUAGAGCAUUCAAGCAGUUUGAUACAGUUCGUGAGUAUUCAGAUCAUUAUUUUAGCAAUCUGGACUCUAUCAAGAAUCCCAUGGUCUGUCAAAAGCCAUCAAAGGAUUGGGCAAAGAGAAUUCAGCAUGAAUGGAAGAUCCUUGAGAAAGACUUACCAGAUACUAUAUACGUAAGAAUUUAUGAGGACAGGAUGGAUCUACUAAGGGCUGUUAUUGUAGGACCCGCUGGUACUCCUUAUCAUGAUGGCCUCUUUUUCUUUGACAUCUACUUUCCUCCUCCUUAUCCUAAUUUACCACCGAUGGUCCAUUACCGAUCUGGUGGGCUUCGACUCAAUCCAAACCUGUAUGCGUGUGGCAAGGUCUGCCUUAGCCUUUUAAACACAUGGUCUGGCCACGGAUGUGAGAAAUGGAGCCCAUCAAACUCGACCAUGCUGCAGGUCCUGGUCUCUAUUCAGGCUUUGGUUCUGAAUGCAAAGCCCUAUUUCAAUGAGCCAGGAUAUGCAAGUUUAGCUAACACGCCUCAAGGGGAGGAGAAAUCUCUGUUAUACAAUGAAGACACUUUCAUCCUAUCAUUGAGGACAAUGCUUUUUUCUCUUCGGAAUCCACCGGAGCAUUUCAAAGACUUCGUCGCUGGCCAUUUUCGCAACUGCGGUCACAGCAUCCUGCUGGCAUGCAAAGCUUACCUAAACGGUGUUGAGGUUGGAAGCAACAUUGAAAAGGCAGCCCAAAAGGCCAACGAAGGACGCAGAAGCCACUCGGCGAUGUUCAAGAGCUCCUUAAAUAAGCUCUUUGAUGAUCUUCUGAUGGAGUUCUCCGUGAAAGGAGCUGAUUGCGACGACUUCCUGGCUCAGAAAGUUAAAGACGGAGCCGCCAAAGCAGAGGAAAUCACAUCACAGCAGUGACCUCAAAGACUUAGGUUAAAUUUAGGAGGAAUAAUUGCGCCAGGGUAGAAACUAUUUGCUUCUUCUUGGAGUGGUAGGUGGGUAAGGAAUAAUAAUAUGCUUCUUCGACGAUCUAACCAAGGAGUAUGUAGAUAGUAAACUUGUAAAUAUCCCUUAGUUUUGGGUCCUCUUUUUUUGGUUAAAUUAGAAACUUCAGAGACUCUUUGAUUAUCGAAUUCGUCUGAACACAUUUUUAACUGGGUCGUGUCAAAAAUAUGGAGUACAAAUAUUUGGAGUAACUGUUAGUAAACAUUUAACUGGGUUUCGACUAUCGCAGCUGCGCUGUUCCUAAACA